AUGGAUCCCUUUCAAGCAAGCUCAUCGCCGUCAAAAAGUCAGUUGACAUUUUGGUGGAAACAAAUACGGAAUAAUCCCAAGAGUAUGUCGACAGAUUCACUAUCAGUCAGUUCAAACGCACCAAAUAGGAGGCCGCUGUUAAAAUCAAAGUCUCGAUCAUUUAACAAUACACGAGUCGCUUCGCCUCCCCCUAAUAAUCCACGAUCUGAGGAAUACCGGUCUUACAGAGACGAUUUUUUAUCUAACAGACAUCAAUUUACUGGUCAAGUUUUUGGCGUUCCGCUGGCGCAGUCGCUGAGCGUGGCUAGCGCAGAAGUUAUUGUGCAGAGCGAAUUAGUAAGCUUUGGACGUAUUCCAAUCUUGGUGGCGAAAUGUGGUGCGUUUUUGAAGGCUAACGGCCUGCAAACGUCUGGGAUUUUUAGAAUAGCAGGCAAUAAUAAACGCGUCAAAGAGCUCCAGUACAUCUUUUCCACACCUCCAAGCUAUGGCACGAAAUUCAACAACUGGGACGGAUUCACCGUUCAUGACGCUGCAUCUGUUCUACGAAGAUAUUUGAACAACUUGGAGGAACCCUUAAUACCGUUAGAACUAUACGACCAGUUUAGAAAGCCUUUGCAGGAAAGGCCGAGAAUAUUGAAGCAUAUGGCGCAUUCAAUGACCAAGAAUAACGACGCAAAUGAAGAUACAGAAGAUUUUGAUGAGUACAAAUUAGAUGACGAGGAGGCUCGUGAAAAGAGAAGGAGAAAAUUGCGCCACAAGAAACGUCUCACUAGAGAUAUUCGCAGCGCAUUAAAAGAGUAUGAAAUGCUCUUCAUUUCGCUUUCCAGUGAUUCAAAGCAAUUGCUAAUAUAUCUUUUGGAUCUACUUAGCCUUUUCGCUCAACAGUCUGAUAUAAACCUGAUGACCGCUCGCAAUUUGGCUGCGAUAUUCCAGCCAUCAAUACUUUCACAUCCGGAGCAUGAUAUGGAUCCUAAAGAAUACGAGCUAUCAAGAUUUGUCGUGGAAUUUUUAAUCGAAUACUCGUAUAAACUUUUGCCUCAUUUGCUAAAAGCGACAAAGCCGCAAAAAGACGCAGACCUUCCUAAGACCAAUUCCAGCGAAGCGAAACCGAUCGAAACGAAACCUGCCGAAUCAUCAACAAUACCUCAGACUAUUGUCCUUUCUCCUGAAAGCAGUCAUGGCACAUCUACAAAAGCUGUGGAGAUCCCGACGACUCCCACGGAUCAGCGCCUACAACACCAGGACGUAUCAUAUCUCACCCCGCCAGGUCCUUCAUUUUUAGAGUCACAAAAUAGAUCGCUUAAGGGUCGGCCGCACAGCAAAUCGCUUAGCCAUGCUCACGCUCCUUCUGAUAUGAUCACCACAAGAAAACGCACGGCAAGAUUUUCGUGGCUGAAUCGAGCUUUAUCUAGCGACACCGGUGAAUUUAGUGCAACAGAAGAAGAAGAGGAAGAUGAAGAUGAUAUACAUUCACCCGUAAGGGGCCUUUCGUCGUCUCUUCCUAAGCAACAUUUGCAUGUACCGAGAGUGUCUCGAAGCAUGAGUGGAAACAGCACAACAUCAAACGGUGCCCGGCCUUUAUCUUUGGCGAUGAAUAAGUCUAUCGAGGAACUUGCAUCAACACUUGGCCUAAAGAAACCAAACGGCAAGGAAGCGUCACCCAUUGCUACCGAUGAAGAGGAAGAUGGCAGAUCCAGAUCAAGCAAGAGGAACUCAUGGUUUCAGAGACUUAGAAGUCGGUCAAGGUCUGCCACUCGCAGCUAA